AUCUCACCUGACCUCAGACGCUGAACACAAGUGCUGUGGCAUCCUGGGCCACCCAGGCUGACAGGAGCGGGCCCCCUGAGCGCACGAGGAGCCCCACGAGGGGGCGGGACCCACGGCCGUCCCGCCCGCACAGCGCGCCACAGGCACCUGCAGCCGAGCCGCCACCCGCAGUCGCAGCGCGUCCGGAGGCCGAGCCCAGUCGCCAGCUCCUGCUCUGCUCCUCUCCCGCCUGCCGCCGCGCUGCACGCCUCGAGCGCUCCCUCGGCCCCGGCGGGGACCGGGGACCCCGCAGCUGCCGCCAUGCUGCCAGUGCUCUACACCGGCCUGGCGGGGCUGCUACUGCUGCCUCUGCUGCUCACCUGCUGCUGCCCCUACCUCCUCCAGGACGUGCGGUACUUCCUGCUGCUGGCCAACAUGGCCCGGCGGGUGCGCAGCUACCGGCAGCGGCGACCCGUGCGUACCAUCCUGCAGGUCUUCCUGGAGCAAGCGCGCAAGACCCCGCACAAGCCCUUCCUGCUGUUCCGAGACGAGACACUCACCUACGCCCAGGUGGACAGGCGCAGCAACCAAGUGGCGCGGACGCUGCACGAUCAACUGGGCCUGCGACAGGGGGAUUGCGUGGCCCUCUUCAUGGGCAAUGAGCCGGCCUAUGUGUGGAUCUGGCUGGGACUGCUCAAACUGGGCUGUCCCUUGUCGUGCCUCAACUACAACAUCCGUGCCAAGUCUCUGCUGCACUGCUUUCAAUGCUGCGGGGCGAAGGUGCUGCUGGCCUCCCCAGAUCUACAAGAAGCCGUGGAGGAGGUUCUUCCAACCCUGAAAAAGGAUGGCGUGUCCGUCUUUUACGUAAGCAGAACUUCUAACACAAAUGGUGUGGACACCAUCCUGGACAAAGUCGACGGGGUGUCAGCCGAACCCACCCCAGAGUCGUGGAGGUCUGAAGUCACUUUUACCACGCCGGCAGUAUACAUUUAUACUUCCGGUACCACAGGUCUUCCAAAAGCUGCAACCAUUAAUCAUCAUCGCCUAUGGUAUGGGACAGGCCUUGCUAUUUCGAGUGGAAUGAAUGCCCAUGAUGUCAUCUACACCACAAUGCCCCUAUACCACAGUGCAGCGCUCAUGAUUGGCCUUCAUGGAUGCAUCGUGGUUGGGGCUACUUUAGCUUUGCGGAGCAAAUUCUCAGCCAGCCAGUUUUGGGACGACUGCAGGAAAUACAACGCCACUGUCAUUCAGUACAUCGGUGAACUGCUUCGGUACCUGUGCAACACACCUCAGAAACCAAAUGACCGGGACCACAAAGUGAAAAAAGCAUUGGGAAAUGGCUUACGAGGGGAUGUGUGGAGAGAGUUCAUCAAGAGAUUUGGGGACAUUCACGUGUAUGAGUUCUACGCAUCCACUGAAGGCAACAUUGGAUUUGUGAACUAUCCUAGGAAAAUCGGCGCUGUCGGGAGAGCAAACAGCCUACAAAGAAAAGUUGCAAGGUAUGAGCUGAUCAAGUAUGACGUGGAGAAGGACGAGCCGGUCCGUGAUGCAAAUGGAUAUUGCAUCAAAGUCCCCAAAGGUGAGGUUGGACUCUUGGUUUGCAAAAUCACACAGCUCACACCAUUUAUUGGCUAUGCUGGAGGAAAGACCCAGACAGAGAAGAAAAAACUCAGAGAUGUUUUUAAAAAAGGAGACAUCUACUUCAACAGCGGAGACCUCCUAAUGAUCGAUCGUGAAAACUUCGUCUAUUUUCACGACAGAGUUGGAGAUACAUUCCGGUGGAAAGGAGAGAACGUAGCUACCACGGAAGUCGCUGACAUCGUAGGACUGGUAGAUUUUGUUCAAGAAGUGAAUGUGUAUGGCGUGCCUGUGCCAGGUCAUGAGGGUCGAAUUGGGAUGGCCUCCAUCAAGAUCAAAGAAAACUACGAGUUCAAUGGAAAGAAACUCUUUAAGCACAUCGCAGAGUACCUGCCCAGUUACGCGAGGCCUCGGUUCCUGAGGAUACAAGAUACCAUUGAGAUCACUGGGACUUUUAAACACCGCAAAGUGACCCUGAUGGAAGAGGGCUUCAAUCCCACAGUCAUCAAGGAUACCUUGUAUUUCAUGGACGAUUCAGAGAAAACAUUUGUGCCCAUGACCGAGAACAUUUACAAUGCCAUAAUUGAUAAAACUCUGAAGCUCUGAAUAGCCACCGGUGGUUAGCUCAUAACAUUUCCAGAAACUCAAUAGACCUAGCAGAGCCACUUCAUAUGUAUAAUCCAACUUUAGUUUGAUUGAAGACUAUAAGGUGCAAUUUUUUUUAGGAAAUUAUUCAUUAAAAGGACAGUUUUUUUUUUUAAUUACACCUGAACCUUUACAAGUAAAAAGAUUUAGAGACAAUUAUUUUUCAAUGUGCACCUGCCAUUUGUCCUUGCUAACUAAGCUUCUUGGAGAGAGGGCCUUAUUUUUUUAAAGACAUAAUAAACUCUAUUAACACUAACA